AUGUCCAGACAGCCCAAACAAUCUCCCCGCCACAGACCCGACAUCCAGCUCCCCACUUCCUACAAUGACCUCCCUUUCACCCAAAUCCGCACCCAGCACCAUACUAAAGACGCCUCCAUCGUCAUCCUCACACUCUACCGCCCGCAAAACCACAAUGCUUUCACCGACACCAUGCAAUCAGAGUUGGAAUCCGCAUACGCCAUGUUCGACGUAGACGAACGUGUAAGAUGCAUCGUUGUGACAGGCCACGGACGGAUUUUUUGUGCGGGUGCGGAUCUGGAUGAUGGGUUUGGUGAAGGUGUAGAUGCGGAGGGAGCGGAGGGUGUGGCGGAGCAUAGGGAUGGAGGCGGACGCGUCGCGCUUGCUAUACAUCACUGCCGGAAACCAAGCAUAGCUGCGAUUCAGGGUUCCGCUGUAGGCGUCGGCAUUACCAUGACGUUGCCCAUGAACAUUCGUAUCGCGUCAUCAACAGCGAAGAUAGGAUUUGUGUUUGCGCGUCGUGGACUCAUCAUGGAGGCCGCUUCUUCCUUCUAUCUGCCUAGGCUAAUUGGGCACUCCCGUGCGAUGCAGGUCGUUACUACAGGCAGCACGUAUUUGGCCACGCACAAAGUCUGGGAUGGCCUUUUUGCAGAAGUUUGCGAGAAGCCUGAACAGGUACUGCCGAGGGCGCUUGAAAUGGCUGAGGAAGUAGCUGGGAACACGAGCGGUGUUAGUACGUAUCUAAUGAAGGAGUUGAUGUACAGGGAUCGUGGAAGUCCUGAAGGACAGCAUUUAUUGGACAGUAGGAUCAUCUUCGAGUUGUUUGGGUCGCCGGAUAAUGCUGAAGGUGUCAAGUCUUUCAUGGAGAAGCGACCCGCAAAGUUCAGUGGAUCAAUGGAUAAGAUGAAGGUCACUGGGUACCCAUGGUGGAUACCUGUGGAUACAUUAGGAAGACCAAAAGUGGCACCGACAGGAGGAUCAAAAAUCUAA